UUCCUCCCAAAAAAACAAGCCGUAUAAAAAAAAAAAACCUACCGAACCGCGCUCGCUGGUCAUGGCUUCCGCGGCGGCGGCCGCCGGCGAAGCCUCCACCUCGGAGCCCGCGCCCAAGGAGAAGCCCAUCGUCGUCCGGGUCAAGCGCAAGCCAUCGCAGACCCGCCCGGACGCAUUCUGGCUAGAGAUUAAUGAGAGGCCAGCGAAGAAAGCGAUGCUCGAUUUCUCCAGCCUCUCCAUCUCCGGACCCCCCUCCUCGUCCUCCGCCGCUACGGAGGAACCACGGGUUAAGAAGCUUCUUGUUCAACACAUCGAAACAGUACACCAUUCUGAAGCUGUUGAAAAUGUUUUGCACUCUCUUUUGCUUGCUGACUCAAAUUCCAAAGAGAUAAAGAGCAAGACAAAGGAAUGGAAUGACAGAAUCAAGCAAGACAAAAAAACAGACCAGCUACGGUCGGCAGCCAGGCAGAGACAUGAGGAUCUAGGAAGAAAUGCUCGCUUUGCACAAAUAUGGAAGAGUCGGAAAGGAGAAAAGAAUGAAGCUGACGAAUCACUUAGAGAAAUAUGCCAUCUUUAUGAUGCUGUCCAAGUAGAUCCUGAUGAAGAGAGGCAUCCAGCAGAACCACGGAUUACUUCUUUCGAAGAGGGUGCUGUUUUGUGCAACUUUCUUCCACUUAUACGGGAGUACUUGCCAUCAGUUGCUGAGGAAAUCGAGUCAGAUAUUAUUUCAUUGGCACAAUCAGAAGAUUCAGAAGUUUAUGACAUCUAUACUGUCAAGGAGGUGGAUGAUACAAACAUGGAGGAUACAUCAGCAUCUUCAUAUCCACGGUUACAAGUGGAUGAUGGCGAAGAUGAAUGCUAUGAUGAUGACUACCCAUACGACACAGAUGAUUCAAAUGCUGAAGACAAUCCACUUUUCGAUUAUCCUGAAGAAUUGUCAGAGGAUGAGGAUGAUGGUAGCAAUGACGAAGAUCCUUUUGGAGACAGGGAAGGUUCUGGUUCGGAGUAUGAAAAGGAAGAAGUAGAGGUGGAUGCAGACGAACAAUGGUGAUAUGAAAUCGUAGGGGAAGUCCAAUUGUAAAUGCAUGAAAGGCUAGUGUGUGAGCUGAAUGUAAUGUGAGAACGGAAUGAGUAGCUGAAUAUUUCUGUUGCUCAUGCUGAGAAAGGACUUGCUGAGCACUGUGUAUCACUUGGUAAACUAGACAUUAUACAUCAGUGUAUGACAGGAUGUUCACUGCAUUACCCGGAGGAGAAGAAUCAUGCAAUUCUUGGGAA